AUGGAAGAGCCUGACUCAUCUCCCAACAUCAGAGUCAUCUGCAGAUUUCGGCCCCUCAAUCAAAAAGAAAAAGAAAUGGGCGAAAACACCUCAAUUGAAUUCUGUGAAGACAAUAAGACCAUAAUCAUCAAUUCUGCAUUAGAAAACCAAGAGCCUCUCAGAUUUAAUUUUGAUCAUAUAUUUACCCCUGCCUCUAAACAAAUAGAUGUAUAUAAAAUCGCAGCAAUCCCUACAGUUGAAGCUGUUAUGCAAGGCUUCAAUGGUACUGUUUUUGCUUAUGGCCAAACAUCAUCUGGAAAAACAUUUACGAUGACCGGGGUUUUAUCAGACCCAGAGCUAAUGGGAAUCAUCCCAAGGAUGGUAGGAACAGUCUUUGAAAAAAUUUCUACUGCAGAUGCAAGUGUAGAGUUUUCUGUAAAGGUGGCGUACGCUGAGAUUUAUAUGGAAAAAAUCAAAGAUUUGCUUGAUCCUUCAAAAACUGACUUAAAAAUCAGGGAAGACAAAACUCGAGGAAUUUAUAUUGAAGAUUUGACUGACAGAUAUGUAGGAAGUGAAGAAGAAGUGUAUGAUUUGAUGAAGGUAGGCACUGAUAAUAGAGAAGUAGGGUAUACACAUAUGAACGCGGGGUCGUCGAGGUCCCACUCGAUUUUUAUUAUUACGAUUACUCAGACUAAUGCACAGUCAUUUUCCACGAAAUCUGGAAGGCUGUUUUUAGUUGAUUUGGCAGGCUCAGAAAAAAUUGCGAAAACUGGGGCUGAAGGAAAAAGAUUGGAAGAAGCCAAAAUGAUUAAUAAAUCAUUGACAGCUUUAGGACAAGUUAUCAAUGCUUUAACUGAUGGAAAAUCAACACAUGUACCAUAUAGAGAUUCCAAGCUAACAAGAGUGCUUCAGGAUUCAUUAGGAGGAAACGCCAAAACUUCACUAAUUAUCACCUGCUCCCCUUCUCCUUACAACGAAGACGAAACAGUAAGUACUCUCAGAUUUGGGAUACGCGCCAAAUCUAUCAAAAAUAAGCCAAAAAUAAACAGAGAGUACACUGUAUCUGAGCUGAAACUUCUCCUAGCACAAGCUAAAGAGGAAUUAGAAAAAAAAGAAAAACAAAUCAAAGCCUAUACAAGGUCUCUUGAAAAAAAUAACAUACCUUUGCCUGAAGAAGAUACAAAUAAUUCUGUAGAAGAAGAAGACAAAAAAGUUGAAGUCGACGAAACCCCAUCUAAAAGUGCAGCUCAAGCAGAAGUUAUAGAAGAACUAGAAGCUGUAAGAACUGAGCUUGAUAAUCAAAACUGCUUGGUACAAAUUCUUUCUGAUCAAAUAAAUAAAAUUCAAGAAGAAAGGCUUGACUGAGAUGUGAUGAAAAGCAGUUUAAUUGAAGAAAAGGAAAAUUUAGAAGGAAAAAUAAGCGAGUUUGAAAAAGAAAUAAAAUUAAAGGAAGCUUCAUUUAGCCUUUUAGAGUCGCAAAACGAAGAGCUCCAAAGAACAAUUCAAGUGUUAAAACAGCAGAAUUAUGAGCUGGACCAAAUGAUCACGACGAAAAAUUUCGAAGUUGAAAGAUAUUUAGGAAAAUCUAAGAGUCAAGAAGACGUAAUAAGCGAUCUUCAAGGACAAGUCCAAGCUGAAAGGGAGAAGGCAGCCAAGAUCUUGCAAGAUUUUUCAGAAAUCCAGCAAAAACUGAACACAAGCUCAGAAAUUGUCCAAUCAAAAGAAAUUGAAUCUUUGAAGUAUGAAAAGCUAAAAGAGCUCUGGAAUGAGGAGAAAAAGAGUUUGAUUACAGAACUUCAAAGUAAAGUUUUAAAAGUCACUGAUAUCAGAAAAGAUUUAGAUGAUACAAGAAGGGCAUUUAAAAACUUGCAGGCAUUAUUAUUGGAAAGUGAUUCACAGAUAAGGAAGAAUUAUAAAAUGACUUCAGAUGAAAAGUAAUUAGCUCGGAAAUUCCUUUUUCCUUAUCCAACUUUUAUUAUUCUAAGGUUAGGUUUUUCCACGAGAACUUCUACACAAAGGUGCUGAAAAAUAGUGAGGACUUUUAUUUCGUCAGUCCUGUAUCGUGUGUUUUGCCUCUUUUCCCUGCUGAUAUGAAAGAUAGGACCCUUAGGCCAAAAAGACUUGGAGGAAAGUCAGAUUGCGCGAGGCAGCCCGCAAAGCCGAUAGUCCUGGACUUCUGAUCUUAAAUGGUUUCAAGGAAGCUAGAUCGAGCAAAUACCUAUAGACAGGCUGUACAAACAAUUAGGGAGUAGCGAUAAAUCCGAGAUAAAUUGACCUUUGGAUCCUUUGCAUCCAGAUACCCAAGUUAAAUUAAGCUAAUUAAGAUUAGAUUCACAGCUAAGGCAAAAAAAUGAGCAAUAUUUGAAAAAUCAAGAAAGGCUAUAUCAGGUCUUAGAAGACAUGAUUACUCAAAACACACUGUUUAAGCUUGACAAACAAGCAAGUGAAAGCAAAGUUAACAAGUUCCAAGAAAAAGCACAGAAGCUUGAAGAAGAGGUGAGAAGAUAUAAAGAAAAAUUGCUUCAAGCCGAGCUUAAGCUAAACACACUUGAUGAUGGGAGGAUAUCAAGAAUUCCCCAAAUGAAACUAACAAGAAAUCAGACUGCACAACUGAAAAGAACCAUUAAAGGAGGAGUAAAAUCAAAUUUGCCUGGAAUCCAUCAGAGAUAUUAUUCAAGUAUUGAUGUAGCAAAAGCUGGUAAAGAAGAUAAUUAA